AUUGGCCAGGGAGAGCCGUACCACGGCUGUGGCGGGGGAUCGGGUCUUGGACAGCGCGCCACUGGCUAGGAUUCGGUGAGAAGCAUAGCCGCAGGCCCCAGCUCUCUUCUUUGCUCCGUUGUGCCAAGCUACCCGCAGGGAUGCAGUGGGCCGUGGGCCGGCGGUGGGCGUGGGCCGCGCUGCUUCUGGCUUCCGCGGCUGUGCUGGCCCAGGUGGUCUGGCUCUGGCUGGGCACGCAGAGCUUUGUCUUCGAGCACGAAGAGAUCGCGCAGCUGGCGCGCCAGUACGCGGGGCUGGACCAUGAGCUGGCCUUCUCUCGGCUCAUCGUGGAGCUGCGGAGGCUGCACCCAGGCCACGUGCUGCCCGACGAGGAACUGCAAUGGGUGUUCGUGAACGCGGGCGGCUGGAUGGGCGCCAUGUGCCUUCUUCAUGCCUCGCUGUCCGAGUACGUGCUGCUAUUCGGCACCGCCCUCGGCUCAGGCGGCCACUCUGGACGCUAUUGGGCUGAGAUCUCCGACACCAUAAUCUCUGGCACCUUCCACCAGUGGAGAGAGGGCACUACCAAAAGUGAGGUCUUCUACCCAGGGGAGACAGUGGUUCACGGGCCUGGUGAGGCAACGGCUGUGGAGUGGGGGCCGAACACAUGGAUGGUGGAGUACGGCCGGGGAGUCAUCCCAUCUACCCUGGCCUUCGCGCUGGCUGACACAAUCUUCAGCACCCAGGACUUCCUCACCCUCUUCUACACUCUUCGCGCCUAUGCCCGGGGCCUCCGACUUGAGCUCACUACCUACCUCUUCGGCCAGGACCCCUGAGUAGCCAGGCCUGAAGGAGGACCUGUGAGUGGACAGGAGCAGGCAGGCCUGCAUACAUCCACUUGCUGGAACCCAUGUGAAAAGACAGGCAUACUCAACAUGCAGAUACUGAGUUCCUGGUAUACAAGUAGGGACAUACACACUUAUACCACCAAACACAGAGACCUGAGAACAUAUAGGACACACAUUCAGAUACUGAAUCCCCAUGCAUAUCAAGGGGUCCAGUCAUGUUCAAACAUAUAACACAAGCUUGACUCAUUAACUCAGGCCUUUCCAGAGCUUCCCUACCCCCCAUCAGGGCUCUGGAGUUAGGGAUGGUGGUGGGUAUUACACUCUACUUGGGUCUGACCCCUCAACCCAGCAGCAGUUGGGGAGAGGAUGAGGAAGAAGAGGAGUUGCCUUUGGAGGUCCCCUUCACUUACAGCUAUGAAGCCCUUUCCCUUGAUCUCCCUAUCCUCACCAUAUGCCUUACCCUCAUUCUGUUCCCCUGCUAUGCAAGUCCCCUCAUGGCCUGUCCCCCACCCUCUCAGCAACCAAGUUAGUUGGGGAACCAGAAGAAUGUGGAGAAUGCUGAGGUCAGGGUCCCUCCUAUCCUGAAAGAUCCCCAUUCCUCUCUCAGAUGUGAUGGGGAGGCCCAACCCUGGGGAGAGGACCUGAAGAGGUGGGUCUAGAUCCAAGGAGCCAUCCCUGGCCUAGAGAGGCCUUUUCUAUACAAACACACUCAUCACAGCUUUCAGACACUGCCUGCAUUUUCUGUCCAUCUGUCUCUCUGUUAAUAAAGACCUUUUGAACAGUU